AUGUCAUCUGCAUACUUGCUGAAGAGAGGCCCAACAAGGAGAGGAGACAGCAGCACGCUGCAGGCCAGGCACACAGAACGUGAAGACAAAGACAAUGGUGAGAUCGCCCUUUCUGGCAACAUUCCCACCACGCUUACCUCAUCUCACAGGGCGACUACACCCAUGAAAUACCACUGGAGUUCGGGAAAGCGCAGAAUUCAGGAUCUACCUACUGAAAAAUCCCAAUGCCAAAAAGAACACUCACAUGUGAUGCUGCCGAGAGAACUUUCAAAACAAGUGCCAAAAUCCCAUCUGAUGUCUGAAGAGGAGUGGAGACGACUUGGUGUUCAGCAAAGUCUUGGCUGGGUUCACUAUAUGAUCCAUGAGCCAGAACCGCAUAUUCUUCUCUUCAGAAGACCUCUUCCAAAGGAUGAGCAGAAAUGAACCGUUGUCUAUAAAUUUUCUCCUAAAUCUUCUGGAACUAUGUAUAUGAGUGUAUAUAUGUUGGUAGUAUUCAGUGAAUACUUUAAAAUGUACAAAACAUACAUCCAUACCUGUGCAUGAGCUGUAUUAUUCACAGCAACAAAGCUCAGUCAAAUGCAAUUCCAAGUAGGCUGCUAUGGUGUUCAAAGAGUGAUAAAGUUAUCUUCUUUACUGUUAAUGUAAGUGCCUAUCUGACUUUUCAGUGAAUUCUGUUUAUUAAAGAUAUUGCAUGUUCUGACU